AUGGGUCAGUGGGCACUCUUCGGCCUUGGAUUUUUUGGCCUGGGGUCCAAACUGGCCUUGGCUUUCGGGGGAAGCCCAUCCACUGAUGGCAGCUGCUUGCUGCAAAAGCAAAGAACUGUGUCCAGGGAUGACGCCAGCCGUCACUUCAGUGACCUGUCCGGAGUGGCUUUGUCCACAAAGAUCGCAGCACUGGCCGACUCCCUGGAACCCGGCGUCACGCGGGACCUCAUGAACUCUUUCCGCAUCUGCGGCUCCUGCAAGAAGUUCCGCCGCUUUGGCGAGGAAUUCGAUGGCGGAUAUUUGACCUGCAUGGACCAUUUGGCGAAAGGAGAUAUUAAGGCAGCGUAUUCUAUGGGCAUCAGUCAUCACGAUGGUUGGUCCAAGGACAUCUCCACGAACUAUGACGUGCCUGUGUUUCAAUACGAUUGCACCGUGGCUAAGACUGCCCAGGACUGCGACAAGUGUAGCUUCUACAGAGCUUGUCUCAAGGGUGAGGACGGUGAUGCUGGCUUUCCGGAUUCCGUGAGCCUCGUCCAUUCCGCAUGGCUCUACGGGGCCUUUGAGUUUUGUUUAAGCUUUCAGGUUUUGUGUCGUAAGGGUCUCUGGCAGUUGAAGACGUAUGCACUAGACUAG